AUGUUCCGUGGGAUUUGCUCAGUCACGCUCAGUCCGAAGCUUAGCAGCCGCAGCAAUGCGAUGCUGAGCCCCAGCCUUUUGCUGCCGGGUUUCCGGUCUAUUUCCACUUGUGGAACCGUCUCUGUUGGUGGUGUUCAAGCGCUGCUGCGGCGGCCUUUGGAGGAGCCUCGCUUCCCUCUCGUGCCCUGCGGAUUUCUUGCGCAGCUACCCCUUGCGUUGCGACCUGCACUGAAAUGGCUAGCGCAGAAGGACUCGCUGGCACAGGACAUGCUUCUACUGACUUCACCAGCUGAGCGCACUCGAGCACGGCUCCUGGCCCUCGCCUAUGCAGAGCUGGUCAAUGCCGAGGUUGAGUACGUAGGUAUCUCUGCAGACACAACAGAGGCAGACCUCAAGCAGCGACGUGAGAUCCUCAGCGGUGGAAGUGUGGCGUUUUCAGAUUCCCCUCCAGUGAAAGCAGCACUGGAGGGAAGUAUUUUGGUGCUUGAUGGCCUAGAACGGGCAGAAAGGAACGUUCUCCCGACUUUGAACAAUCUGCUGGAGAACCGAGAAAUGUCACUGGAAGAUGGUCGAUUUCUCGUUGAAGCCCAUCGCUAUCAGCUUCUGAAGCCGCUACAGGUUGACCACGAAUCAGGAACCAGGAGCAAUGCUUGCAGCACCAGUCGGCUUGCUGCCGUUCACCCGAACUUCCGUGUCGUGGCCCUGGCUUCACCUUGUCCACCGUUCGAUGGUCGAGCUCUAGACCCACCGCUGCGGUCACGCUUUCAGUCGCUUUUGAUACCUUCUGCUCCAGCCGAAGAGUUGGCAUCAUCUUUGAGGGGCCCACUCGGUGCCAAUGCCGGAAGCGUCGUCAUGGCUGCAGAAGCAAUCAUGGAGCUGGAGCGACAGUCCAUCCACCACAACACGGCUUUUUUCUCCUUUUCAAGCAGCGCCUUGCAAAGAUAUUGCUUACGGAAGCCAGCUCAGCCUGAUGCUCUGCGCAUUCUGCAGCGGGUCUAUCCCCCUCUGGAGUAUGGUGAACUGUCACCACUCGCCGCUUCGCAAGUCAAUCAGGCCUUGCUGCAGCUGGGUAUGGACGCGAAUACUCACGAAUCUGGCAAGGAAGGAGCUCAGAUGAUGUCAUGUGGCCAUUAUCGCACGGCAGAGUUGGAUGCAACUGCACGUGCAAUUCAGGCCGACAUGGCCGCUGGCAACAAUAUUCUGCUUGUGGCCCAUCGUGGUGCCGGUAAGAGUGCUCUCAUUCGGUCAUUGCAACUUGAGACCUGGCAGACAUUCAAUCUUCACCGAGAUCUGACUGCCAGAGAUCUACUCCAGCGACGAGUGACAGAUGAAGUCUCAGGAGAAUCUGCAUGGGCAGACCAACCAGUUGCCAAUGCAGCGCGCACAGGAGAGGUCGUGGUUCUGGAUGGGGUCCAUCGGCUUCCAGCCGGUGCGCUCGUUGCCGCUUUUGGCAGGCUUUGCUCUGAGCGUGAGCUGGAUUUGCCAGAUGGAACACGCCUGGUGGACAAUGCAUGCGAGGGCGAGGCCACGGUUGGCCGUAAACAGAAGCUUGCAGGCAGUUUCAGGUUGGUGGCACUUGCAGAACCCGGCAGUUGGUUGAGUCCAGAAGUUGCUGCCCUCUUCUCUACACACUUCUUGCCGGAGAUGAUGCCUGCGGAGAUUGGUGAAGCUCUGCCACUGCUUGUCCCGGCAGCAACACCCAAACUUUGCCAGGACAUUGUGUGCAUGGCCUCAGCAGCAUUGGCCACACAAUCUGACACUUCUUUCUCUGAAAGAGAACGCGAUCUGAUGAGAUUAUCUUUCCGUGUUCUUCUGCGAAUCGUGCGCCAGGCGGCAAUCAGUCCUGACAGAGGGUCCCUGCCAAAGAUCGUGCACAACACAAUGAUGUCCCGCUUCUGGCCAGUGCGGCUUCGAGAGGCUAUGGAAGGAUGGCUAAAGCCAAUCGAGCGAGAGUAUGCUAUCGGCACGUCAAAGCACGCUAUCGAGAGAGACGUCAGUGACUUCGAUGAGGAUGCCCUGCUCAUUGGCUUGCAAGUCACACGGCGCUCGCCCCAAAGGCCUGAACUGGUUCCUGCUCCGCGAAGCUUCUUCAGCAGUCCUGCAGCUGUGAGCGCAGUUCGGCAAAUUCUGAUGUGUGAAGAGGCUGGCGAGCAUGCAGUGCUACUGCUGGGGAACCAAGGCGUUGGCAAGAACGUGGCUGCGGAUCGCGCGCUGCAGUUGCUUCAGGCGGAGCGUGAGUAUGUGCAGCUACACCGCGACACGACAGUAAGUUCUCUGACAGUGCGUCCAGUGCUGCAGAAUGGCCGCUUGCGUUACGAAGACGCUCCGCUCGUACGGGCUGCGAAGCAUGGAAGGGUUUGUGUUCUGGACGAAGCUGACAAAGCGCCAAUCGAAGUGGUGAUAAUUCUCAAAGCCCUCGUGGAGGAUGGAGAACUGCUCUUGGGAGAUGGGCGCCGACUGUGCCGAAAACGAAAUCGCCCUUCCGACAUUUUGAUAAAUCCAGAUUUCCGGCUGUGGGUUUUGGCCAAUCGUCCUGGCUUCCCUUUUCAUGGAAAUCACUUUUUCCGUGAAUGUGGUGACGUUUUUGCGGCCGUUGUGCUGGACAAUCCGGACAUUUCCUCGGAGACGGCGCUUCUCCACCACAUAGCUCCCACGUACCCCAAGCGGCAAAUCCUGGACAAGCUGGCUCUGGCUUUUGCCGAGCUCAGGAAGCUGGCAGAGAGCACCGCGAUCUCUUAUCCCUACUCUAUGCGAGAGGCUAUAGCGGUUGCGCGGCAUUUGGAGAAGUUUCCGAAGGAGUCUGUGGCUGACGCAUUGAGCAACGUGCUCACCUACGAAGCCUUUGACCCUCCCCUGCUCAGGCAGCUCCUGCAUGUCUUCGAUUCGCAGGGUCUCCGAGUCGAGGAACUGAAAGCUGUCUUCAAUACCGUCUCGGGUGACAAGGGCAGCCGCUCGCUGAAAGCAGCAGAUAUUGAGAUUAGGUAUUACCCUGCACACGGAGGACUCCGGGAUUUGGCGGGAUCGGGUAGGUUGGGCAGCGUCGAGCUUUGGCAAUGGUAUAUGAUGCUUUCAGACAGCUGCCAACGACAACGGAUUGCAAAGGCCACUGCAGCAGCUAGACCCCGCGGGGCGUGA